GAGGACGAGCGGCUGCCGGGCACCGCGCCGGGGCAAGGACAUUGCGAGCGGCCCGCCGGCGUCGCGCCGGCAGCAGCACCGCGGGAAGGACAGCGAGCGAGCGGCCGCCGGGCACCGCACCCGGCACCGCACGGGCAGCGGCCAGAGGAGAGCGAGCGGCGCCGGCCCCACAGCAGCGACCGCCGCCCGCCCGGCCCCGCCGCAGGUUCACGAUGUUGACAGCUAUGUUCUUGGCUGCUCUCGUUCUUAUUACAGUACAUUCGCAGGAAACUGAGGAAACCAUAACGUACACGCAAUGCACAGAUGGCUACGAGUGGGAUCCCAUUAGGCAGCGGUGCAAAGAUAUUGAUGAAUGUGAAAUAGUCCCAGAUGCAUGUAAAGGUGGGAUGAAAUGUGUUAACCACUAUGGAGGAUACCUCUGUCUACCCAGAACGGCCCAAAUUAUUGUAAAUGAGCGGGAAGAGGCAGCGGCCGAAUCCACCAGCGGUCGGAACAACGUGAUCCGCCGGACCCCGGCCGACCCCCAGCGGGCCCCCCCAAACCCAACCCACCAAAUCCAGUGCGCGGCCGGGUACGAGCAGAGCGACCACAACGUGUGCCAAGACAUAGAUGAAUGUGCAACUGGAACCCAUAACUGCAGAGCUGACCAAGUGUGUGUCAAUCUGAGAGGGUCCUUCAGCUGCCAGUGCCCGGCGGGUUACCAGAAGCGAGGGGACCAGUGUGUUGACAUCGACGAGUGCACGCUGCCCCCCUACUGCCACCACCGCUGCGUCAACACCCCCGGCUCCUACUACUGCCAGUGCAACGCCGGCUUCCAGCUGGCAUCCAACAACCACACCUGCGUGGACAUAAAUGAAUGUGAUGCCAAUAACCCGUGUGCACAACAGUGUUACAACAUCCUGGGUUCUUUCAUCUGUCAGUGCAACCCAGGCUUCGAGUUAAGCAGCGACAGAAUCAACUGUGAAGACACUGAUGAAUGCAGAACCUCAAGUUAUAUCUGUCAGUACCAGUGUGUCAACGAGCCAGGAAAAUUCUCCUGCGUGUGCCCUGAAGGAUACCAGGUAGUGGGAGGCAGAACAUGUCAAGACAUCAACGAGUGCGAGACAACCAACGAGUGCCGAGAGGACGAGAUCUGCUGGAACUACCACGGAGGGUUCCGCUGCUACCCGAGAAACCCCUGCCAGGAGCCCUACGUGCUCACAUCCGAGAACCGCUGCGUGUGCCCCGUGUCCAACGCCAUUUGCCGGGAGCUGCCCUACUCCGUGGUGUACAAGUACAUGAGCAUCCGCUCCGACAGGACGGUGCCCUCCGACAUCUUCCAGAUCCAGGCCACCACCAUCUACCCCAAUACCAUCAACACCUUCCGGAUCAAGUCCGGCAACGAGAACGGGGAGUUCUACCUGAGGCAAACGAGCGCGGUGAGCGCCAUGCUGGUGCUGGUGAAGUCGCUGGCGGGGCCCCGCGAGCACAUCGUGGACCUGGAGAUGCUGACGGUGAACAGCCUGAACUACCGCACGAGCUCGGUGCUGCGGCUAACCAUCAUCGUGGGGCCCUACGCCUUCUAGGGGACCCCACACACCCCCCCCGGCACCACGGCAGCCAAAGAUAUUACCAGAGAGAAAGCACUUACUAUUUUAUUUAUAGAUUUUGCUCUCUUUUUUUUUUUUAAAAAAAAAGGAAAAAAAAAUUUUGUUUAGUAAGUCGGUAUCUUUUAUUCACGCAUUAUGCCUGUAGAUGUGUUCCAUAGUAUAACAUGGGCAUUGUCACUUUGUGUAUAAAGAUUUAAAUCUUGUUUUUUAUUACCUUCCUUGGACUAGAUCCAUACUACGCUUUUGUACGAGAACUGUAUGUUCAUAGUAUCCUGUGCAACCUCACGCCCCCUCCCCAGCCAAAUAGGUCAUGCCAUUUAAAAGUGAUCUUCUGUGUUGUUUUUUUUAUUUUAAAAUUCUAAUGCAGCUACACCGAAUCUCAAAAAAGAAAAAAAAUUAUGUAGCCUGAAUGAUACACAAAGCAAUGGUUAUCCCAUAAGCUGAAAUAUAUUUCUUCUUUUUAACUACUUUGUAACAAAAGGUAACAGGCAAUAAAAAUCUAUUUCUGUAGGCAUUUAUGUGCUAUCACAGCGGGUUUUUCUGAUCUGGGUUGGAGGUGAAGUUCCAUUGUGAGAAAAGCUUUGCAUCAGGUUUUUAUAUGCAGAUUGUGUUAACCAUGCCACGGAAUAACAUCCUGCUCUCUCCAAGAAAAAUAGACCAUAGGAAGAAAAUUCCUCCAACAAAGAAAGAAACUCCAAACGGAAAAAAACCCCGGGCAGGGCACAAAUGUCCAUGAGAACACUCCUGAGAACACUGUUGGUAGUUACUGGGAUGCAGCAUUUUCAGACAGAACUUAGCAUACUGUUUUUCCAGAAGUAUUAUGUUGUAUACUAAGAGUGGAGUGCAUUUCCUUAUUAAGUUAUAUCACUUCCAGGCACUCGGUCCUGUUCCUGCUCUUACAGCUCAGAUGUAUCAUGUACAGUGUUCAUAAAAAUUUAUUUCUAAUUUUCAAGAACUAAUAACAUCUUUUGUAAUAUGUAAAAUCUUAUUUCUUGUUUAAAAAAAAAAUAAAUGUAGCAGUUAAUCCUUUGAUGUACAAAAUUUUUAAAUAAAGAUCUCUUACCAUAUU